AUGCAUCACCCACCAUGCAAAAGACCUCCUUUCAAUGGCGUCCUCUUUUUCUCUGGAGCAGGCCGUGAAAAGCAAACCACGCUGGGGUCCCUCUUUCCUGCACUUCUGUUCUGCACCCCAGGAAUGUUGGAGUGUGCGUGCCGGGUACCUGCCGCCCAGCGGGGCCAGAGCCGGGACGCCUGGGCUCUUUGGGGAAGAAUCAGAGCUCGGAGUCCGCCCACCCACCCAGAGCUCCGGGUGCUGGAGUUACACACUUUCCUGUGGGUUUCUUCAGGGAGUCCCUUCCUCUGUUCUCAGUGUCCUUGGACUAUUCAAGCGCGUGUCUGGGGAGAUGCGUGGCGGCAGCGCUGGCGUCUAAAGUCUCCCUGUGCUCUCUUCCCCUCUCUCCCUUUGCCCUCGCGCGUGAUUGUGGACGCCGGGACCACGACCAGCAGCUGGCUUGGGAAUGUGGAAGUGUGUGCUGGGAGGACACUCCAUCCUUCCCCAUUCCAGGCUACCUUACGGCCGUGUCUGGGUUUCUAUGUAGGAACAAAGGAGGAAGGAGACCGGGAGAUUACGAGUAGCCGAGAGAGUCCCCCUGUGAGAGCCAAAAAGCCUCGCAAAGCCAGGACGGCUUUCUCCGACCACCAACUCAAUCAACUGGAGCGUAGCUUUGAGCGACAGAAGUACCUGAGUGUGCAGGACCGCAUGGACCUGGCAGCUGCGCUCAAUCUCACUGACACCCAGGUCAAGACCUGGUACCAGAACCGCAGGACCAAGUGGAAGCGGCAGACUGCAGUGGGCCUGGAGCUGCUGGCCGAGGCAGGGAAUUACUCGGCACUGCAGAGGAUGUUUCCGUCGCCUUAUUUCUACCACCCAAGCUUGCUGGGCAGCAUGGACAGUACUACCGCCGCGGCGGCCGCCGCAGCCAUGUACAGCAGCAUGUACCGGACUCCUCCUGCGCCCCAUCCCCAGCUGCAGCGGCCCCUGGUGCCCCGAGUGCUCAUCCACGGCCUGGGGCCUGGGGGACAGCCGGCCCUCAAUCCCCUGUCCAACCCCAUCCCAGGCACCCCGCAUCCACGGUGAAGAGCAAGUCACUGUCCCUCCCUGUCCCCUCCCCGACCUGGACAGCUGCCCCUCCUCUCCCGGCACCAGGCUGUCCGGCCUCCCUUGCAGCCAACUGGGAAGCAAAGAAGUAAGAGAGGAAGACACUCACCAGCGGGUGGAGGGGGGGCCCAAAGAGGAGCCAGCCCUCCACUCUCCAUCUCCCCACCCCCAGAGACAGGGCUGGAAAGCUCCCGCACAGCAGUGUGACUGGCGAAAACGCCGACUCCACACAAAGUGCGACCAGUAAGUGAAAACAUCAACAAAAACAAAACCUCAAGUUCUUUUUAAAAAAUGACUUUAGGGACAAGCAGGAGGGAGGGAGGGGGGUGGGGUAAGGAGGGAAGAAAGAAGGGCACGGAGAGGAAACCACACAGGCAGAGAGAAUUGUAGAUGAACAGCCUCAAAUUCCGAGGCAGAGGGCGUUGCCGUGGACAUUCCGUCUGCCCCAGAGAAAAGAGGAGGGUAACUGAGAACUUUGCACUGAUUUCUCAUGACCUUUUUUCUUUUGGAAAAGUGGCAUGCUCCAUAAUAUGAAAAAAAAUGUACAUUUGAAAGACUGAGUGAUAAGUGAUAUAUCAUAUUUAUUAUAUGUUGUCCAAAAAAGAGUCACUUAUAUACAUUAGUAAAACAUGAUUUUUCUUUUCAUGUCUUUUUGAUUCAGUAAAAUAAAUGCUUAGACAAAAAUAUAGAUUUUUUUGUGAUUGAAAAUUACAGAAAUAAAGUUUAUCUUUUUGUAACAAGCGAUGAAAUCCAAGGGAGCUGAUUUUACUGAAGCAGAAUGUACUAUGAUGAAAUGUGUCACUUGGUUUAGGAAAACAAAAUCCCUUCUGGAAUAUUAGGAAUUUACAAAAUCUGUAAAGAUGUUGGGCUGACUUGUAUAAAAACAGCUCCAUUUUUCA